AAUCUCUACACGAAGUUCAAACUGCUUUUUGCGACAGAAUUGCUGGCUCAGCAGCCGAGAUCAGCACUCAACUUGAUAACAUUCAGCUAGAUAUUCAAUCCUUUGGCCAUGGAGCGCGAGAGCUACCAACUGUGUUCAAGAAAGAACAACGCAAAGUCACUACUAUACUUCGUGGGUGUCCAAUGCAUGGUGUUGUUGCCCUGAACAGUAUCUGUUCUCAUGUUCAUCAACUCCUUCUGCCGUCUUCAGCGGAGAUUCCGCUACCUAUCGCCAAAGACCUUGCAAUUUGGUUUCUGUCAGAACUGCACACCGUUUGCGUAGAGGCUUUGGAGGCGGAAAGAAGCCGUCAAGAUAUAGUACCAUCAGGUCCUUUCACUGUUCAGGAUCUUCCGCUCAAGUCUUUUGAAAGCAGGCCACUCUCAACGACCUCGUCACUCGACACCGUUCACCAAACUACGCAAGAAGGCUGGCCAUCUCAGCGGCAUUUCCCUAAACCUCGAAGUCGAAUAGCGCUCCUUGACAAUGUCACUGUUGAGACCAAAAUUCCCACGGGGAGCUUGAUCAUCGUUGUGAAGAGAGGACUUUCCGAAAUUGAUGAACGAGUGGAAUCCCGCGCUGUCAUUACAACUGGAAGCCUUCUCUUUAUCCCAUCGACGAAGGCUUUACUCAUGGGGGUUGCAGUAGUAUUUGGCAGAAGCACCGAUACCCCGAUGAAAAUUCCACGAAGACUUUCUACCUUCAAUCGUCACCCCAAUGAUGCGCUCAUUUUUCGGCAUUUACAGAGCAAAGACCAUACAGCUGUCCAAGAGAUACUAGCUAGUGGUACAAUUUCUGUCAAUGAUCGAGAUGAAAAUGGAAACUCACUCCUCUGGUAUACAAUUUACGACAGUUAUGAUUUUGAUCUGUGUCGGCUAUUGAUUCGGCAUGGAGCAGAUCCUUCGGAUUGCAACAAGUAAGUUGUCUAUUGCCACAUAAUAUGAACAACGUCUGAGGAUUUAGAUACGGCGAUCACGCUUUGGCCCUCCUCGUGUCUAAAGUCCCUAAAAGCACCAGCGCCAAAAUCCCAGAAGACU